GUUGGAUUACUGAAAGUGAAUUAACGGAUUUGUGGAGAUGUUGGGUCCUCAAGAAGACAAAUUAUGUGGAAUUGUUUCUGCUCUGGCGGCUUUGUCCUUUGUCUGCUUUGCACAAAGCACCUCCAUCGGAAGUACCGGAAUAUCUGUGGCCAAGACAACAGUGGACAAAUUGCUGAAGGGGUAUGACAUCCGUCUCCGGCCAGACUUUGGAGGUCCUCCGGUCAUCGUGGGAAUGAGCAUAAAUAUAGCCAGUAUUGACUCCAUUUCAGAAGUCAACAUGGACUACACCAUCACCAUGUAUUUCCAACAGAGCUGGAGGGAUAAGCGCUUGGCCUAUGCUGAAAUGACUUUAAAUCUCACUCUGGACAACCGCGUGGCUGAUCAGUUAUGGCUGCCAGACACCUACUUCCUGAAUGACAAAAAGUCCUUCCUGCACGGAGUGACGGUGAAGAACCGAAUGAUUCGGCUCCACCCAGAUGGCACUGUUCUGUAUGGAUUGAGAAUAACCACGACAGCAGCCUGUAUGAUGGACCUGAGGCGGUACCCCCUCGAUGAACAGAACUGCACCCUGGAGAUUGAAAGCUACGGAUAUACCACAGAUGAUAUUGUAUUCUUCUGGCAAGGAGGGGACAGUGCCGUCACAGGUGUGGACAAACUGGAAUUGCCUCAGUUUUCCAUUGUGGAGCUACGUCUCGUGUCCAGGGCAGUGAGGUUCACCACAGGUUCAUACCCUCGGCUGUCGUUAAGUUUCCGCAUCAAGAGAAACAUCGGCUACUUCAUCCUGCAGACCUACAUGCCCUCUAUCUUGAUCACCAUCUUGUCUUGGGUCUCCUUCUGGAUCAACUAUGAUGCCUCCGCUGCUCGUGUGGCCCUGGGUGUAACUACGGUGCUCACCAUGACAACCAUCAACACCCACCUGAGGGAGACCCUCCCAAAGAUCCCCUAUGUGAAAGCCAUCGAUGUCUACCUCAUGGGCUGCUUCGUCUUCGUGUUCCUGGCCCUGCUUGAAUAUGCCUUUGUAAACUACGUGUUCUUUGGACGGGGACCCCAGCAACAGAAAAAGAUCAACGAGAGGCUGAACAAAGCCAACAAUGAGCGCCCGCGCUAUGAGGAGAAGCGUCUGAGGGAACAGGACUCCAUUUCAGCGCCGUUUCAAAGCAACACCCUCAGGUCAUAUACACAACGAAGAAAUCUGUAUCUUGAGGAACAAAGAAAAGUCGGGGUGGACGCUUACGGAAACAUUCUUCUCACGACUUUGGAGAUGAACAACGAGGUGAUGCCUUCGGACAUGGGCAGCAGUGUCAGUGAUUCGCGGAACUCAGUGAUGUCCUUCGACAGUCCCGGGGUGCAGUUCCGUAAACCCAUGGCAUCGCGGGACGGCUUCAGCCACCACUCGUUGGACCGCAGCGCCAUGCGCAGUCGCGCCAACUGCCGGCUAAGGAGGCGCUCGUCCAAGCUGAAGCUCAAAAUCCCCAACUUGACGGAUGUAAGCACCAUUGACAAGUGGUCCCGGGUCAUUUUUCCCAUCACUUUUGGAUUCUUCAACCUUAUCUACUGGUUGUAUUACGUGAAUUGA